AAAGACUCCGGCAAACAACUCACGGUCGACAAAGGUAGCCUGCUUGGGGGUUUGGCUACUUUCUUUACUCACUUCCAAUUUAUUUCACUCCCUCUGCGACUGGGACGUGAACUUCCUCACUACUUUUGCUUCCUGAAUUCCUCUGACCCUUCUGUCACUCCUUAUCCCUCUUUACCUUAAUUUCCCCCGUACACUCGCACGAUCACUCACUCAAAAUGGAUGACUCUAUGGUGGAAUCCGCCUUCGAGGACGAGGAUGUCUCUGACUUCCUCCCUGAGCCCGCUCCUAAACCCAAGGCGAAGGCGGCCCCCAAGAAGAAGCUCACCCAAACCAAACUGACCGCGAAGCCCACUGCAAAGGCUGCUUCUAAGAAGCGGGCCAAACCCGAUACCGACGAUGAGAUAGACGACGGCGAUGACAACAUCUCCGGCGACGACUCCGUGUUAUCUCACACCCCUCCCAAGAAGGCCAAGAAAGCGGCCGCCCCCGCCAAGAAGGCUGGCUCCAAGCCCCUCGCAGAUCUGGAGAAUGAAUCAUUUGGAAAGGACGGCUCAGUAGAGCCCGCAAAGGGAACCGACGUAUCAGAGAAGUACCAGAAGCUUACACAACUUGAACAUAUCAUCAAACGUCCGGAUACGUAUAUCGGUUCCAUUGAACGCACAUUGCAGCAAAUGUGGGUUUAUAGUUCGGAAACAGAGGGCAUGGAGUUCCGUGAGGUCUCCUACGUGCCCGGUCUCUACAAGAUCUUCGAUGAAAUUGUCGUCAACGCCGCCGACAACAAACAGAACGAUGCGGGCAUGGACGAAAUUCGCGUGACCGUCGACCGGGAGUCGGGAGUUAUCAGUGUCUGGAACAACGGCCGUGGUAUUCCCAUCGAAAUGCACUCCAAAGAAAAGAUCUACGUCCCCGAGCUGAUCUUCGGUCACCUUUUGACCUCUUCCAACUACGACGAUACCCAACAGAAGGUCACUGGUGGUCGUAACGGUUUCGGUGCCAAGCUGUGUAACGUGUUCUCGACCGAAUUCUCGAUCGAGACCCAAGAUUCGCGGCAGAAGAAGAAGUAUAGGCAGACAUGGACCGACAACAUGACCAAGAUGGGCAAGGCCAAGAUCACUGAGGCCAAGGGUGAUGACUACACCAAGGUCACCUUCAAGCCAGACUACGCCAAGUUCGGCAUGGAUGGCAUGGAUGACGACUUUGAGGCCCUCGUGAAGCGUCGUGUGUAUGAUUUGGCGGGUACCGCGAAAGUCGCAGUCAAGUUGAAUGGAACCCGUGUCCCCAUCCGCAACUUCCGGAAAUAUAUGGAGAUGUAUACCAAGGCUAUCCGCAAGGAGCGCGGCGAUAACGGCCCGGCCGCGAAGGACGAGAUAAUCACUUGCAGCCCCGACCCUCACUGGGAGAUUGGAUUCGCCGUUUCCGACGGCUCCUUCCAGCAGGUGUCGUUCGUCAACUCUAUCGCGACCACUUCUGGCGGUUCCCACGUGAACUACAUUGCGGAUCAGAUCUGUAACAAAUUGGCCGACCAGGUCAAGAAGAAGAACAAGAACGGUGCUACUUUGAAGACGGCCCAGAUUCGGAACCACAUCUUCAUCUUCGUCAACGCGCUGGUUGUCAACCCCGCGUUCACCUCUCAGACUAAGGAGCAGCUCACUACCAAACAGUCUCAGUUCGGUAGCAAGUGUGUGCUCGAAGAAGACUUCUACAAGAAGGUGCUGAAAACCGAAGUCAUGUCGAACAUCUUGCAUUUCGCGCAGCAGAAGGCCGAUCAGAUGCUCAAGAAGACUGACGGUGGCCGACGCUCCCGUAUGAACAACCCGAAGUUGACCGACGCCAACAAGGCCGGCACUAAGGACGGUCACCACUGCACGCUGAUUCUGACGGAAGGUGACUCGGCAAAGGGCCUGGCCAUGGCUGGACGAGCGGUGGUCGGACCGGAUCUUUUCGGUGUCUUCCCCCUUCGAGGAAAGCUGCUCAACGUGCGUGAUGCCUCAUUCGACCAGAUCUCGAAGAACGCGGAAAUUCAGAACAUCAAGAACUUCCUCGGACUGCAGCAUAAGAAGGAAUACACCGAGACUCGUGGUCUUCGGUACGGUCACUUGAUGAUCAUGACUGAUCAGGAUCACGACGGUAGUCACAUUAAGGGUUUGCUCAUCAACUUCUUGCAGGCCCAGUUCCCAAGUCUGUUGAAGAUCCCUGAGUUCUUGAUCGAGUUCAUCACGCCCAUCGUGAAAAUCUGGAAAGGUGACCCCAAGAAUCCUACCAAGCAGCGCUCAUUCUUCACCAUGCCCGAGUAUGAGGCGUGGAGGGAGGAUCACAAGGAUGAGCGUGGUUGGGAUCACAAGUACUACAAGGGUUUGGGUACCAGCACCACUGAGGAUGCUCAAGUCUACUUUCGCGACUUGGACCGUCACUUGAAGGAGUUCCAUACGAUGCAGGACAACGAGGCGGAACUGAUCGAGCUGGCGUUCUCGAAGAAGAAGGCCGACGAGCGGAAGGAAUGGCUGCGGCAGUUUAAGCCCGGAACCUUCUUGGAUCACUCAGUUGAGAAGAUCACCUACACCGACUUUAUCAACAAGGAGCUUAUCCUCUUCAGUAUGGCGGAUAACAUCCGUUCUAUUCCCUCAGUCGUGGAUGGACUCAAGCCUGGUCAGCGUAAAGUCUUGUACACCUGUUUCCGUCGCAACCUGAAAAAGGAUAUGAAGGUUGUCGAGUUGGCUGGUCACGUUUCGGGUAUGACUGCCUACCAGCACGGCGAUACUUCGCUGCAGCAGACUAUUGUGGGUCUCGCGCAGACCUUUGUCGGCUCCAACAACAUCAACUGCCUCGAGCCUAGUGGCAAUUUUGGUAGUCGUCUCCAGGGUGGUUCCGACUGUGCCAGUGCGCGUUAUAUCUACACUCGACUGUCUCCGUUCGCUCGUCGUAUCUUCCAGACGGCCGAUGAGCCCCUUCUGACCUACAACGAGGAUGAUGGUAAAAAGAUCGAACCCGAGGUCUACAUGCCCGUCGUUCCCAUGAUUCUGGUCAACGGUGCGGACGGUAUCGGUACUGGUUGGAGUUCGUCGAUUCCCAACUAUAACCCCGAGGAUAUCGUGGACAACUUGAACCGGCUGAUGGAUGGUGAAGAACUCAAGCCUAUGCAGCCCUGGUUCCGCGGUUUCACGGGCGAGGUCACCGCCAUCGGUGGCGAUCGCUUCAAGUUCAGUGGUAUCAUCAAGGAGACGGGCGAGAAGGAAGUGGAGAUCACUGAACUUCCCAUCCGGACCUGGACUCAGGAUUUCAAGGACAAGCUUGAGGAUAUCAUCAAGGCGGAGAAGACUCCCUCGUUCAUCAAGGACUACAGGGAUUACAACACCCACACCAAGGUCCACUUCGUUAUCCAGAUGGAUGAGAAGCACAUGAAGUCCGCCGUCACGGAUGGCUUGGAGGAGAAGUUCAAGCUGACGAAGACAAUCGCCACCACCAACCUGGUUGCAUUUGACCCGGAAGGCCGCAUCACGAAGUAUGCCACGGUCGACGACAUUCUCAAGGAGUUCUUCCAUCUUCGUCUCAAGUUUUACGAGCGCCGCAAGCAACACCAACUCAACGAACUCCAGAAGGAGCUUGAAAAGCUGAGCAACCAGGCGCGAUUCGUUCAGAUGAUUAUCGACGGCGAACUUGUGGUCUCGAAGAAGAAGAAGACCGUUCUGGUUGUUGAGCUGAAAGAAAAGGGCUUCAAACCAUUCCCCAAGGUGGCGGAAGCCCACAAGGCGGGUGAAAUGGAGCCGGCGAUGGAGGACGAGGAGGAAGACCCCGAGACCUCGCCAGACACCGAGAACCUUUCCAAUGCAUACGACUACCUGCUGGGUAUGGCCAUCUGGUCGCUGACUCAGGAGCGUGUGGAGCGCCUCCGCCGCCAGAUUGGUGAAAAGGAGGUUGAUAUUGAUACCUUGAUCAAGCUCUCCAAGGAGGACAUAUGGAAGAAAGACUUGGAAGACUUCAUCAAUGAAUGGCGAUUCCAGCUUGAAGACGAAGCCCGCCGCAUGCGCAAGGUCCAAAACAUGGGCCGCCGCACUUCCGCCAAGUUGAUGACGACCACCGGCCGUGGCGGAGGCCGCAAGCGCAAGGUCGCGGACGACGACGACGAAGACUUCGGUGUGCCCAAGACCAAGCGAGGCCCUAAGAAGGCCGAGCCGAAGGGAACUCUCCAUAACUUCUUGAAGAAGCCUUCGCCCAAGCCUGCUGUCAAGGAUGGCGAUUCUGACGACGACUUUGACUUUGACAUGGAGGUGAUGCCGAAGAAGAGCCGAGGAUCCGCUAAACCGACGCCUCAGCCCAAGGAAGAGGAGACGGCCGACUCGGACGUAGAAAUCGUACCCAAGAAGAGUCGCGCAGCGCCCAAGUCGAAGGCAAAGGAGGAAGACACGGAUGCGUCCGAGGUCAAGCCAGCACCGAAGCGGGGCCGAGCCGCAGCCAAGCCGAAAGCUAAGUCCGCGGAUGAUGAUAUGGACGACGACGAUUUCAUGGAGAUCGCCAAGGCGCAAGCGGCGGAGGCUGCCCCGCCCACCAGCCGGGCCCGCAAGCCGGCCAAGUACACCAUGAGUGACUCGGAGAGCGACAACGGCGAUGACCUGCUGGGGGAUGUGAGCAAGAUGGUCAAGGGUAUCGGCGGCACCGCGGGCGGGUCGACGUCGGACCGUCAGCUCUUCUCGGAACGGUCGCAGAUUGGCGGCAGCUCGGGUCUUCCGACCAGCUCGAAGCCCUCCAAGCCGUCUCCCGACUUUGACGCGGACGAGACUGACUACAGCAAGCUUGUGCCGCAGAGCUCCCCCCGCCGGUCCCUGCACGUGAAGUCAAAGGACACAAAGGUUUUGGAUGAUAGCGAGGAUGAGGAGGAACCCGUCAAGCCGGCUGCUUCUAAGGCUAAGCCAGCCGCCCGUGGUAAGGCUGCUGCGAAGGUGUUUGAAUUCAGCGACGAGGACGAGGAGGAGCCUGUGAAGCCCGCCGCCACCAAGGCUAAGCCCGCCGCUAGGGGCAAGGCCGCAGCCGCCAAACCCGCCGCGAACGUGUUUGAAUUCAGCGAUGACGACGAGGAGGAGGAGGAGCCCGUGAAGCCCGCCGCCACCAAGGCUAAGCCCGCCGCCCGUGGCAAGGCUGCAUCGACAGUGUUGGACGACAGUGACAUCGAGGAGGAGGAGCCUGUGAAGCCCGCUGCAACCAAGGCUAAGCCCGCUGCGCGAGGCAAGGCCGCCGCCGCCAAGCCUGCCCCGAAGGCGCGUGGUCGGCCCAAGAAGGAUGCUGUGUCGGCCGUGGCAGCGGAGAAGCCCGCGGCCCUGUCUCCGGCGGCCAAGGCGUACGCUUCGAAGCAGGCCAAGACGACCGCAGCCAACAAGAAGAAGCAGCUGGCGGACGAUCUGUCGGACGAUGAUAUUGAUGCGAUGGCGAAUGACAUUCUGGACUCUCCGGCAGCGGCGACGACCUCUCGGCCUGCGCGUCGUACUGCCACGGCGCAGAAGAAGACGUAUGUAAUUGACGAUGACAGCGAGGGAGACUCUGGUGAUGAUUUUGAGGAGGACAGCGAGUAGAUAAUAGUGCUUUCUAGUGCUUGCUGAUGCUUAGAUCCGUCGUGAUACAUUGAGCAUUUGGUGAAGCGAUCACGAUCAUUGAUGUACAUUUACUUUUGUCUUGUUACUUCAGACCUGGUCAAUUUGGAUUCUUGUUUUUUGAUUGA